UAUUUCGACAGAUUUUUGUUGUCAAAUAAAUGAACUGAAACUUGUCCCUUCAAUUAGUUUUAAAACGUAGAAGUAGAAACAUAUCAACUAGCUGGAAAAAAGUGCGUGUUAUUCAGUCUAAAACAUUUUACAUUGACAUUAUGUUAUUUUUCGUUUAAUAAAUAAUUUCUGCUCGUAAGUUCAUUGAAGUCGUUAUUGGGAGUGCAAAUCGUUUGGAGGAAAAAGAGGUCUAGGCCUCGAAGACAGCUUUUUGGUCGCGUGAUGUCAUGAUUACGGUACCACAAGCAGGUCGAUACGGGAUCUAUUGCAUAAGCAAGGACUAAAUAGAACAUGUCCUAAGUCACAAUGUCGAAGGUGCUCAGCGCUCUAGGAAGCGCGUUGCCAGACGAACGACCUCUACUGUCGCUACAAAUUGUGGAGAGUGUAGCAAAAUGUCCCACUGGAUACUGGCCAGUCAGUAGAACUUACGACGAAGACGCAGACGCUGGUCUUUUGAAGCAAAAUGGACUAUUUGGGAAGAAACCUAGCCAUUACCUUUGCCUUUCCAAGUCUGAAGGGGUGCCUGGCUACGUAAUGGACGGUCUUUUAAUCGUGGGCGAGCGCGAGGCAGCACCUGCUGGCUUCAGCGUGGCGGGUAGAGCCGGCAAACGGCGCGUGUGCACCCGCGUCAGUCGCAGUGCUGCUACCUCGGCGUCACCACCCGUCACUGACGUCAUUGUGUGCUCGAAGAUGAGGCAGGCACCACAGGGGUUCAUACUUGCAGGCGAGAUCAACGGCAAGGUGGUGUGCUACAAGGUGAGUGGCGGCAGCACCGACGUCUCGCCCACGCAUAAGCCCAACGAGUACGAGAAUGUCGUCAGCCAUAUCACCCCGGAGGCCAAUAGAAGUUCGAUUUCUGUGUUCUGCGAUGAAUUGAAAUCGCUAUGGAACGGAUCUAGGCUUCGACAAGUCCCAGAGCGGCCUCCGAAACUGUCGCCUCUGACUCUCGCAGAGAUGAACAACCUCAAUCUGAAACAAUCGCCGAUCGCGUAUCCUAAAAUUGAGGAGUUCACAACAGACCACGACUACGAAGCACUGAGUCCUUCUUACAAUUUAAACAAGCCCACACGUCCUGCGCCUAGACCUCCAGCAACUAAAUCUCCUAUACCUGUGUCCCAUGGGAGCCCUUUGCCAAGUGUUCCCGGACCUACAUCGCCGGUGGUUCCGUCUAGGAAAAAGGGACCUGCUCCGUUGCCCAGAAAUACCAUAUACAAAACGUUAGAUGGAUACAAUGGAAUGGAAGGCGUACCGUUCGUUUUAAAUCCCAAGUUGAGAGGACUCCCCAGUGAUGCUUGGGCGCAGCUGCCUGUGAUAAAGGCACGCACACGUUUCGAGCUGGAUCGUGAGUAUUCGUACAGCUUCACAGCGGAGCGGCAGACGUGAGACCUGCUCUCACCGCUUCCGCAGUCAUGCGGUUGACUGUACGCCACACUGGUAUUUUAUUAUGUAACAUGAGUUUGAAAUUUCAUUGAAAGGGGUUGGGACAUUUAGGUAUAGCUGUGGAAUUCCAUUUGCAACUUGACGCGAACCAACUUAUAAAAAUUUAUUUCAACUUUAUGAAACCCACAACACAUUCAUUUGGUUUAAAAAGAUUAUAAAAAUUAACAUUUAUGAUUUUUAAAACCGGUCUUGGAAAUCCGUCACAUUUGUACCAAUUGACCUGUAUGGGAUAUUUUAAGGGGUAAUUCUACCAACUUAUAUAGUCAAAUGUUACGUACCACCCAGUGGCGAAAUGUGGAUUUUAGAAGUUAGAUGGGCGGCUGACAAAUUUUGACUAUUUUUAAUUAAAAAAUAAUACAGGCCACUAUCGUGACUCAUUCAUUAUUUAUUCUUUUUUCAAAAUUAGCGACACUCUUUUGUUUAUUACGUUUCGCUUUGAAUGGACAAAAUGACGACAGAAAAUAAGCAAAAUAAACAUUUUGCUUGACAAAUAAAUGAGUAACAAUUUUUUUAACAGAGUAAUGUCUCUUUUUAACAAAUAUAAUAAGCGCAUUUUUUAUUUCUACAUACUGAAAAAAGAUAUCCAUACCCAGGUCGUAUUUUAUUUCGUACUUUGGUAGAUUACUUUUCAGCCGCCUUUCAAUGAAUUCUUGGGACAA